AUGCACCCGCUGUCUGUGACUCUGUUCCACCAGUCUGGAGGAAUCAGCACCGGCAUGCUCCGCGCAUGCCCGAAAUCGGGUGACGGGUCGAUGACGAAGGACGGCGAAAGGGUGGAUGGAUGGUGGAAUUCCCCAUGGGCCAUUCGACAUGGUUGUUGCGAGCAGCGAGGACUGAGGCGGCCAACGUCCAUGCUGAGUUGCUGCUUCAGAUUCCGUGUCCGUCGGAUUGCCACCUGCUCAGGGCCAAUUUCCAGGCCGUUGACGACGUAUCACAACCCAGAAAAAAUCCCACUUGCCCAAGCCGGUUACGGUCGCGGAAUCCGCUCGCGGUGGAUCUGGGAUCUUGGGCACGCACGCGCAGUGGCGCAUUCGGCGCUGCGAGGAUCAUCUCAUCCUAGUGCAGCAACUCGUUUCAACCAGACACAGAGCGGGGAUCCUCGAACGCCGGGUAGGGAACAGUAUCCCCUAAGCGAGCCGGCCUAA